GAUCCGUCUGGGGAAAUAGGAGGAGUCUCCUGCGAAUUAAAGCCAAGGAAUCGUGGUGGUCACUUGGAGUUGCUUCAGGAUCUCGCCGUUGUGGUGAAAUCCGGAGAGAAUAAUGUCACCGACAGUAGUUUUCCGUGAGGUGGCCUUUUUGUGUUUGCUCAUGAUGUUGUGUUGGUGAUCAAUAAAGGAUACCAUCGUGUUGGUUUCGAUGGGCGAUCUCCAAACGUUGCAUUGACUGUUUUUUGUUCUCAUAGGUUAUUGUCAGCACACAACUACCGAUCUUCCGAAUGCCAAUGGCGGGGCAGCCAACUGGUUUGACAGCCACCAUUAACGCCGCCAUCCGAUCCAUAUAUUUCGAUCAUUGUCUUGUUCCUGUGUCUCACUUCCCACUAUUAAAUACGAAGUCAGACUUUGCUGUGUCACAGCAGAGUUCGAAGAGGAGAAGAGGCAACAGCUUGGAGCGGAGAAGAGAUGGCGGAAGUGAAGCUCAUCGCGGGGUGGGCGAUCCCGUGCGUGGUGAGGUGGGGAUUGUGCUGGGCCUCAAGGGAGUGGAGUCUGAGUUGCUGCAGGAUGAGUUGGGGAAGAAGAGCGAGCUGCUUCUGAGAUCGAAUCCUGUGUCCAAGAAGAUCCCCGUCCUUCUCCACCGCGGCAGGCCGGCCUGCGAGUCGAUGGUCAUCGUGCAGUACAUCGACGCCGUCUGGGCCGCUUCCGGCCCUGCCAUCCUGCCGGCCGACCACUACGAGCUCGUUCUCCACCGCUUCUGGGUCGUGUACAUUGACGACAGCGUAUCAUCGAUUCUGUGGUGGCCUUCAGUGACUAUAAUCGGCAAGGCUCAGACCGAGGAAGCCAAGGCCGAAGCGAUCGAGCAAGAGCUCACCGGGCUGACGCUUUUUGGAGGAGGCCUUCGGGAGUCUGAGCAAAGGAAAAGGUUUCUUUCGGAGGGGACGACAUCGCUCUCGGCUGGAUCAAAGCGAUCGAGAAGCUGACCGGCCUCAAGCUUAUAGACGAAGAGAAGACGCCUCUCCUCGCCGGAUGGGCGGAGAGGUUCUGCGCUCACGAGGCUGUA